AUGUCUUCUUCUUUUUCUGUCUUUCCUUCAAUCGUUUUUCGAUUUCUUCUUCUUUUUCUGUUGUCUUUCCUUCAAUCGUGGCCAAUGUCUUCUUCUUUUUUUCAAUCUUUCCUUCAAUCGUCGGCCGAUGUCUUCUUUUUUUUCUUAUCUUUCCUUCAAUCGUCGCCGAUGUCUUCUUCUUUUUAUGUCUUUCCUUCAAUCGUGGCCGAUGUCUUUAAAAAUCUUUUCUGUCUUUCCUUCAAUCGUGGCCGAUGUCUUCUUCUUUUUAUGUCUUUCCUUCAAUCGUGGCCGAUGUCUUCUUUUUUUUCUGUCUUUCCUUCAAUCGUGGCCGAUGUCUUCUUCUUUUAUGUCUUUCCUUCAAUCGUGGCCGAUGUCUUCUUUUUUUCUGUCUUUCCUUCAAUCGUGGCCGAUGUCUUCUUCUUUUUAUGUCUUUCCUUCAAUCGUGGCCGAUGUCUUCUUCUUUUCUGUCUUUCCUUCAAUCGUAGCCGAUGUCUUCUUCUUUUUAUGUCUUUCCUUCAAUCGUGGCCGAUGUCUUCUUUUUUUCUGUCUUUCCUUCAAUCGUGGCCGAUGUCUUCUUCUUUUUCUGUCUUUCCUUCAAUCGUGGCCGAUGUCUUCUUUUUUUUCUGUCUUUCCUUCAAUCGUAAAUCUUUUUGUCAUGUCUUCUUCUUUUCUUUUUCUGUCUUUCCUUCAAUCGUAACCGAUGUCUUCUUCUUUUCCGUCUUUCCUUCAAUCGUGGCCGAUGUCUUCUUCUUUUCUGUCUUUUUCUUCAAUCGUAUAUCGAUGUCUUCUUUUUUGAUCUUUCCUUCAAUCGUGGCCGAUGUCUUCUUCUUUUCUUUCUUUCCUUCAAUCGUGGCCAAUGUCUUCUUUUCUGUCUUUCCUUCAAUCGUUCUUCUUUCUCUUUCCUUCAAUCGUCUUUCUUUUUUCUGUCUUUCCUUCAAUCGUGGCCGAUGUCUUCUUUUUUCUGUCUUUCCUUCAAUCGUUGCCGAUGUCUUCUUUUUUUACUUUCCUUCAAUCGUAAAUAUUCUCUUCUUUCUUUUCUUCUUUUAA